UGGAUAGACAUUAUUUACUAGUGAACUUUGUUCAAGCAAAAGAAAACAAGAUAACACGUUAAGUAUGUUCUCCCGAUUCAAGAAACAAGGAGUACAGGAUCCGUACUUUCCGUCGUGUGUCUGACAAAACUCUUCGGAAAUCUUAUUCAAUUACAGAAAUUGCAAAGUCAAAACGAUUUCAAGAUCCGAAACAAAAUGCCUGCCUCAGGCGACUAAAGAGAUGGCCGUAAUUAAAUUACAGCGAAGAAUGGAAUGCAAAAGAACUGAGGUGGAUCUAGCUUAAGAAUUACUGACAAUUUUGCAUAUACCUAGGUUAGAUUUGGAGAGAAUUGUAAUGGCGAGUGCUGCAACGCCAGAUCGGUUUUAUGCGGCAGCGGCCUAUGCUGGAUUUGGCGAAUCUGCCAAACCUGCUCCAUCUUUCUCCGUCGACACGGCCUCGCUUUUGUACGGCCUCUAUCAGCAGGCGACUGUUGGACCUUGCAAUGUGCCGAAGCCUCGAGCAUGGAACCCUGUGGAACAGAUCAAGUGGUCUAGCUGGAAUGGCAUUGGUAAGCUGUCCUCCACAGAGGCAAUGAGGCUGUUUGUCAAAAUAUUGGAGGAGGAAGAUCCUGCAUGGUACUCGAAGGUUUCUGAGCCUGGGGUGGAAACAGAACCUACAGAUCAAAAGAAUCAUUUCAGGGCAUCAAAUGGAAGUGCCUUAGAGAACAUGAAUGUGGAAACACAAGAUAAUGAGAUGAUCUUGGAAGGUCUAGUAUCAGCUUGUAUUUAUGACUGGUGGGUUGCACCACCUUUAUCUGGUUGGCGUCCGACAGCUCGCUAUGAGCAUGCAGCAGAAGUGGUGCAAGGAAAAAUGUAUGUCAUUGGUGGUAAUCACAAUGGACAUUAUCUUAAUGAUGUUCAGGUUCUUGACCUCAAAACUAUGAUUUGGUCCAAGAUUGAACCAAAAAUUGAUCCAGAUUUUGUGUCCAAUGAAGCUUCUUUGCAAGCACUUUUACCCCCUUGUGCUGGUCAUAGCCUGAUUCGAUGGGGUACUAAACUUCUAGCUGUGGCCGGACACACUAAGGAUCUUUCUGACACUGUUACAGUUAGAGCAUUUGACACAGAAACCCAUAUGUGGUCUAUAUUGAAGUCAUAUGGAAAAGCUCCGUUAGCACGUGGAGGGCAGUCAGUGACUCUGGUUGGAUCUCUAUUGGUUAUGUUUGGGGGAGAGGACUCAAGAAGGCAUCUUUUAAAUGAUCUUAAUAUUCUAGACUUGGAGACAAUGACAUGGGAUGCCAUUGAAGCUGUGGGCACACCUCCAGCACCAAGAUCAGAUCACACCGCUGCUGUAUAUGUUGAUCGAUAUCUACUUAUCUUUGGUGGUGGUUCUCAUUCUACAUGUUUCAAUGAUCUGCAUGUUCUUGAUUUGCAGACUAUGGAGUGGUCACAUCCACAACAGCCAGAAGAUUUGGUUACUCCUAGGGCUGGGCAUGCUGGUGUUACAGUAGGUGACAGAUGGUAUAUUGCAGGUGGAGGAGAUAACAAGAGAGGUGUAUCUGAGACCCUGGUUUUGAAUAUGUCCAAGCUUGUCUGGUCUGUAGUCACAACUGUACAAGGACGGGUACCGAUUGCGAGUGAGGGCUUGAGUCUUGUGUCUACUUCAAUCAAUGGGGAGGAUAUACUCAUUGCUUUUGGUGGGUAUAAUGGAAGAUAUAACAACGAGGUUCACAUCUUAAAACCACAUUACCAGGGUCCCCCACGACCAAAGAUUUUGGAAUCUCCAGCUGCUGCAGCAGCAGCUGCAUCAGUUGCAGCUGCCUAUGCAGUUCCUCCUCUUCCUCCACCGCCAAUGCCAACAUCAAAUGGGACCAUUGCUGCAAAUUCUGUGGAUGCAGUACAAGACAGCAAAGUUAGAGAGAUCCUUAUGGACAAUCCAAAAUUGGAGCCUUUGCAUCAAAGAAAUCAAGAGGCAAGAGAACGGAUUAUAACAACAUUAAAAUGCGAGAAAGAGAGCUUAGAGACUAAACUUCUAACGAUACGAGAAGAGAACUCUAGCCUCAGGCAAGGGCUUACUGAGGCACAAACUACACACAAGGAGUUAAUUAAGGAAUUGCAAUCGGUGCGUGACCAGUUAGCUACUGAACAGUCUAGGUGCUUCAAACUAGAAGUAGAUGUUGUUGAGCUACAGAAAAAGCUUCUUUCACUCGAAGCUUUACAAAAGGAGCUUGAGUUGCUUCGGCGCCAAAAAGCUGCAUCGGAUGAAGCUGCUACACGAGCUGCACAAAAACAAAGCUCAGGUGGUGUUUGGAGUUGGAUUGCAGGAAGUCCAGCUGUCCAGAAUCCCAUUUGAUCUUGACCGCAUUUGAAAUGUGAUUAUUUUUUGGUAGUAAAAUGUGAUUGCUCUUGAUCAUUUUUGUAAGUUGUAUGCAUAUCGUGAUCUUAGCUGAUAGAUUUUAUGAAGAGAAUAUGUAGCGGUCCAUGGUGUUUCAACCAGGUCAUUUUUAAUAUGUAAAAUCAGUUAAUCUUGUUAUUCAAUAGUUAUUGUUUCAUUCAUUGAUUUAAUGAAUUCUGCUAUAGAGAAAGCUAAACAUUAUUUCCAUAUUAGUAGGCGUUGCUUCACUUGUAAACUGAUUGCUACGUUACCCCCAGGUUAAUCUUUUGGCUUCCUGGAUUGGGUUUGUUUCUUUGCAAAAGGGAACAACUUGCAGCAUGAGAUAGUCUUGUGGAACAAUGUCAUUUAACUUUUUAAAUAAGAGACUCUAUUGACUAUA